AUGACUCAUCAGGUGAUCUCUACAUUACCACUCGGUGUUGAAAAAUAUUUUUGUGUGGAUGGUGGCUGGGCGACUAUCGCACAUGCUGCUCAUUUGAGUGGAAAUUAUUCGAUGCUAAUCAGCAAUGCUUCAAAUGCUCUCCAAUGUCUUUUAAAACGUCAUUCUCGCAUGCGCACACGUCUUCGAGUAGAUGAUAAUCGAUAUUUUCUCGAUAAUCUUCAAUACAACAAUGAACAGUUAUCAAGCGAUUUAUUUUUCUCAGCUCUUGAAAUAAGCAAUGAGUCUUGGCAAGAAAUCGUUGAACGCCGAUGUAAUCAAGAUCCAUAUUCAAAUAAUGGAACGGUUAUCUUUCCAAUGUUUCAUUUUACGCUCUUAUACAAUUCACAACAGUCUGAUGAUCAACUAUUUCACUUAAUUCUCUUUCAAAAUCAUUGUGUCUCGGAUGGUCAAAGUGGAUUUAUUCUUAUUCAUGAGUUUUUGACUUUGGCAACCACUUCGAAUGCUCUCGAAAUAUCAGAGCCACUUAAUACAGAAAUACUUCCAUUGUCUGACCAAUUGAUUCCUCGUCCAUAUGGUUUAUUCUAUCAUAUAAUAGCAUUCAUAGGCAAACAGAGUUUCAAGCGAGAAAUACGUCAACUAACUCAUCCACGCAUUCCUGUCAAAAGCAUUCCUCUCAACGACUGUCAACCAACAAGAUUUGAAGUUCAGCGGUACAAGAUGAGGUUUUUGUUUGCUUCGACGUCUUCCAGUCUCUAUUCAAAACUACAUCCACAAUGCCGUCUACAUAGAGUGACAUUAAAUGGUCCGCUCAUGGGAUGCCUCCU